AUGCCCUCAACCCACGCCCACCCGAACGGCCACCCACACCCCCAACACGCUCAGCUCCCCAAAAGUCCUACCUCCAAAAUACCCCCACCCACCCACGCCCUUCCAUGUCACCUACCCACGCUCCGCCCCCCACUUCAAAAUACCCCCAACCACCCAACCACGCCCGUCAGUGUCACCUACCUACGCCUCCUCACCCAUGCUCCGCCCCCUCCAAAUACCCACGCCUUCCCAUCUACGCCCAUCAAUACCAUCCACCCACGCCUCCUCACCCACGCUCCGCCCACCCCUAAAACACCUCCAAAGCCUCCUCACCCACACUCUCCCCUAAAUACUCCCACCCCACGAACCGCUACCCCUUCAAAUACUCCUCCCAACGCCCCUCAUCGACCCCCACCCACGCCUGCCCAUCCCCCCUUCCCCUCCCCGUCCCCCAGUGCUGAAUUAUGCAAGCCCCGCUAA